AUGUCGUCCGCGGACGUGCGCCAGAAGGUGUUUCGCGUGCCGGGUAGCAUCGUGCUAUCGGUUGGGCUCUCGUGGGACUUCAUCGGCGCCGACCCGGUCGACCUCGACCUUAGCGCUGUCUGCUUCACGAAGGAGGGCCGCUUUCUGGACGUUGUCUUCUUCAACCACCUCUUCCCAGAAGGCACCGAUGAGACGGCGCUGCGGGCACACUACAUGGUGGACCCCGAGCUGCUGCCUUACAUGUUUCUGAGCGGCGACAGUACAGUCGGUGGCGAGAAUGAGAAUCAGCUACCUGGCCUCGCACUCGCCGCAGGGCGGCGUCACCAGCAGCUGCGGCGGAGAGGGAAGCAUCAGGCGACGGCGCGUGGUGCCAUGUUGGGCACACGCGACUACACCAACGCGGCAGCGAAUGUGUUCAACCGCCUCUACGAGGAGGAGCAGCUUGCGGACGUGCAGCGCGCAGCGGAUGAGGCGAUUGGCUAUGACAAGGAUGACGGUGACGAUGAGGUGGGUGCGGGCCAGCGACCCUUACGGCGUCACCAGUGCCGUCAACGCGAGCUUGCCGACGAGGUGCUCACGUUCGUCAUGAGCAAGAUACCGGGUGAGGCGGAUGUCAUCUUCAUCACCGUGUCGAGCUACACUGGCCAGGACUUCACAGUGCUCUCGCGGGCGAAGUUGGUCGUCUACAACGAAUCCACAGGUGAGCGCGUCGGCGUGAUGGACAUGAGGCAGACGACGGAAAAUGGCACAGCGAACCUGGCUGCCAUGCUGAUUCGCCUGCCACCGUCGCAAGAGGAGGAGGUGUACGACGUGGACUGGGGCAGCGUGCACGGCGGUGCCGCAGCGCAGGAGUGGGAUUUGCGGGAGCUCAACGUGCGCACGUUUGGCUACUCGUUUGCCGACACGUUGCCCCUCAUGAUGGACGUGCUUGGCGUGUCGCGCCGGUCACUGCUGGACGUCCUGCAGAACGUGCCGGACUACUCCUUGUCGAAGGCGAGGGCGGAGAUCGCGUCGUGGACACUGUCUGAUGUGCGCUUUGGCGUGGGCUGGAGCGGCGAGCACGAUAUCGAUGCCUUCCUCGUCUUCCUCGACGAAAACCACAACUACGUCGACCACUUGUAUCCAAAGAACGGAAAGCUGCGGUCGAUCGCUCGGGACGCGGCUCGACACUCCGGCGACGCGCUUUGCGGCUCCCGCGCUGCCGGGGAUGAGGAGUUCAUAGACCUACUGACGUACCGUGUGCCGGGCAACGUGUGCAGCAUCGUCGUCGGUGCCACCUGGAUGGAGUCGUUCGGCCCCGAAAAGCGGACGUGCAAGUCCAUCUUCGACGUGCCGGACCUGUACCUGCGCCUGCAAAACCGCACGGUGAUGAAUCCGCACUCCACGGAGGUCGAUCGCUGGUCGCUCAACCGCGAAGCUCACGACCCGGAGACCAGGAAGCAGCUGCCGACCUCUUACAAGGACGCCGAGAACAAGGAACAGCCAGUGCGCGUGGUGGUGCUGGGCGCGCUGAUGAAGACUGGCACGCAGCCCUUUGAAGCUCUCUUUCCCAACGGCCGCCGCAUUGAUCAGCACUUUCACAAGCGCGACCACCCUCUGUCGGUCAGCGGCGCUGGUCAGAGUCGUAGCGCCUCUGUGACGUCUCUCGCUGACGACGGCGACGGUGUGGCCGUGUCGGAGUGCGAGGCGGAUGGCGAGGAGGAAGUCCCGCUGUUUCAGCUGGUACCCAUCCACCAGUAUGUCCCGGUCGACCCACGUGAGGGCCUGUCGCGCGUGAUCCCGUACUUGCAGUGCAUGAUGGACUAUGCUGCAACGAUCGAGCGCCACACAAUCGCGGCGGCGCGCCGUCGAGUCGCCGAAGCCGAGGCUACCCGUCUCGGUAACGCGACACCGUACUCCGGCCUGGAGAGCAGGGAGGCGGCUCGGCUGGACACGACGGCCGGUACCGCAGACACGCGUUUUCUGCUGAACCGCGAGAACAACAUGGUGGGCUGGAACCCCACUACCAGCGCCUCCCUCCUGCGCGGUGGACGUGGCGAGACGACGGUCAAGGCUGCGCGAAAACAGGCUGCGCGAGAGCAGGCUGCGAGCGACACGGCAGAAACGACGGCACUGCGCGAUCGUUAUGAGGGCAUGUGGUCCCAGAUGAAGGACUACGACAACCGCACCGACCUUUUCGCGAUUGCCGUGCAGUUCUUGGAAGUCGUGGAGGUGCAGCCGCAGAUGCCGGAUCGCUUCCAGUGCCACGGUGAGGCGUGGGUGUUUGGUCAGACCAACUGCAUCGUCCCGGUGCACGGCAGCGUCUCCGUCUUUGACAACAAGCCGUACCGAUCCCCGGUUCUCGUGGAUCGCGAGAAGCUCGUGUGGGCAGAUGCAAACAGCAGCAGCAGCUGCGGCUACUUCAUUGUGCACAAGUAUGACAGACUGCGCGUUAUGCUCUUUGAGACGGCGUCCGUCGGCGUGGCAGACUUGGACCUACUUUCCAUGGGCGCCUUGUGGGCCGGGAAGGACAACGUGCGAGACGGCACUCUCGCAGAUCGAUUCAACCCCGUUGAGUGCAAUGUGCGACUUGAAGGCGGUGCCAACGACGCCGGCAGCGGCGGGGUGGUCUACAGUGCGGAGGUGCGGCUGCGCGUGUCGCGGGUGCCACUCAACGCGGCGAUGAAGAAGCUGCAACAGCAGGCGGACAAGAUCAACGCGCAGCGCAGGAAUGUACAAAAGCUGGAGAAUCGGUACGAUGAGCGGUAUUACAACAAGCAGUACAAGCCUUGCACCGUCAUGUGA